UUGACAAGGAUUUCGAAGAAUAUUUGGUAACGUCCGACUACGAUUUUUCAACUGUUGAUGAAUAUGCUCGUGAAACUCCUGAAUCUGAAAUAAAAUCUGAAGCAAGGUUAGCGAAUUAUUUGACUUCAGUAUGGGACGAUGACAUAUAUAAAUUACGUGCCAUUUUCGUAUGGAUCACUGAUAAUAUCUCAUAUGAUUGUAAAUCUUUUUUUUCGGGAAAAUUAUCGGAUAAGUCAGCAAAAGAUGUCUUAAAAACCAAAACCGCUGUAUGCGCUGGAUACGCUAAAUUGUUUUAUGAAUUAGCAAAUGAAGCUGGUUUGCAUGUAUGGCAAAUUUCGGGAAAUGCAAAAGGUGCUGGUUUUCAAGUCGGCGAUACUAUUGAUCCAAAUGAUCGUGCUUACGCUCAUGCAUGGAAUGGUGUUUUAUACAAAGGAGAAUAUCUCUUAAUAGAUUCUACUUGGGGUGCUGGACAUGUAAAUAAUAAACAAUUCAAUAAAAAAUUCCAACCUUUUUACUUCCUUGCUUCUCCAACAAAAUUUAUUUAUUCCCAUUUUCCUGAAAAAUCAAGUCAACAAUACUUGCAACCUACUAUCACAAGAAAAGAAUUUAAUAAUCAGCCUCAUUAUAAAGGCGAUUUCUUCCAUGAAGGUCUUAGAUUUUUAAGAUAUUAUGGUUCCGAAAUAAAUGUGAUUGACGAUAACAUAAUCUUAGAUUUAGAGCAAUCAAUUGACGAUGGUAGAGUAAAUAAAGUAACUGCCUCUUUGGAAUGGAAAGGACAAAAAAUAGAUGCUUUUUCACAAAGAUUGGCUAUUCCGGGUCCUAAUGGCGGAAUUUUACAUCGGUUAAGAAUUGGUUGUCCUACUCGUGGAGAAGGAAAACUUCAAUUAUUUUACUUUAAAGAAGGCGUAGAACGGGGUUCGGGCAUCUGCAGUAUACUAAUAAAAAACUCUGGAACUGGCGCAAAAUAUAAACCAUUCGUAUAUCAAUACGGCUUCUUAUAUCCAUGUACAAUAGUUAAACCUAUCUAUCAAACACUCGGUUACGCAAAAAAAACUCAUUUUGAAAUAAUAGUAUUCAAUGUGGACUCUAAUAAAAAAAUUCCAAAAUUUGUGUUACUUGGGCCUGGAAUGGAAAAGCAAACUUUUCUUGAACCAUUAAUGGAUAGGAAUGAUUCUGAUGGAUGUAUUACCAUGGCUUGUGAUGUAAUGACGAAUUAUAAAGGAACUUGGAAUUUAGGUGUUAAAAAUGGUAAUGGGUACAAUUUUUUGGCAAGUUAUGAUGUUAAAUAA